GUACUCUUCGCUGCGAUCUGGACAGUUCUUUCUAUCAGAGGGAAGUGCGACGUCUGCCGAGAGGUCACCUUUGAAGCUCCAUGUGAAAAUGACUGGAUCUGGUACAGAAAGAAAUGUUAUUAUUUCUCCAAGCAAUAUAAUGAGUGGCAAAACAGCCAGGACUUCUGUGUCUCCCACAAUGCAUCACUCGCCCAUAUCGAUUCCCAGGAAGAGCUGGAGUUUCUUCAACGAUUUAAAGGCUCGUCCGAUCACUGGAUUGGUCUGAAGAGAGAAGAAAAUGGGGGGCUGUGGACGUGGACAAAUGGAUCAGUGUUUAAUGACACGUUCCACAUUGAUGGGGUGUCUCCAUGUGUUUUUUUCAAUCGGGAGCGGGUCUCCAGCGCA